AUGGCUCAAGAUUACCAGCUCACUGCCGGCAUCUGCUCGCGUCUUGCAGACGUGACAAACAUUGAGGAUAAAAUCCUUGAGUCCCAACCAACCAUACAGUUCCUGUCUUUCAAGAAAGUCGCGCCUACGACGGCAGGGGCUGCCACGGUUGAUCGCUACCGUAUCAUCGUUUCCGAUGGCGAACACUUCUUGCAAGCUAUGCUGGCGACACAACUGAACCAUCUCAUCGAGGAGGAACGCAUAAAGAAGCAUUCAAUUGCGGUCAUCGACAAGUUUUCGUGCAAUCUGGUACAGGACAAGCGCCUCCUCAUUAUUCUUGCGCUGAGCAUCGUAGCCAAGGAUGCUAAUAAGAUCGGCAACCCCUCGGCUCUGCAACCCCCGAACGCAGGUGUUCCGACUGCGAACACCACGCCCGCGCCGGGUGCUGCGCCAGCAGCCGCGUCCUCAUCUGCGACAUCAGCUGCUGUAAGAGCUCCUCAGCAGCCGCCACGCCAGCAAGGCCGCGCGGGGCGAACAGCCAUCUACCCGAUUGAGAGCUUGAGCCCCUAUCAGAAUAACUGGACGAUCAAGGCGCGUGUCGUCCAGAAAUCGGACAUCAGGACAUGGUCGAACCAGCGCGGCGAGGGCAAACUUUUCAGCGUCACGCUCAUGGACGAGACUGGCGAGAUCAAAGCGACGGGAUUCAACCAGGUGGUUGAUGAAUUGUACGAUAAGAUCCAGGAGGGCAAGGUGUACUUCAUCUCGCGAGCGAGGGUGAACUUGGCCAAGAAGAAGUUCUCCAACGUUCAAAAUGAGUACGAGCUCAACCUGGAACGGAAUACUGAGGUGGAAGAGUGCGUCGAUGCUACUAAUAUGCCGACUGUGCGAUACAACUUCGUCGAGCUUGCUAAGCUCACUGACCUUACGAAAGAUUCUAUUUGCGAUGUGAUUGGCGUAGUGCGGGAAGUCACGCCUCUUACUGAGCUCAUUUCCAAGGCCGGAAAGACUUUGCAAAAGCGCGAGUUGACUCUCGUCGACCGCUCAGGAUACUCUGUGCGCCUCACGCUCUGGGGGAAGCAGGCCGAGUCUUUCGUCGGUGAUGACCAGCCCGUCGUUGCCAUCAAAGCAGCGAACGUCAGCGACUUCGGCGGCCGCUCACUCUCGAUGUUCACGACCAGCAUCAUGCAGAUCAACCCCGACAUCCCGGAGGCCCACGCGCUGCGCGGGUGGUACGACGCAGCGGGCUCCGGACAAACAUACCAGGCAUACUCGAAUUCAGGCGCGGGUGCUGGUAACUUCACCCAGUUCGAGCGCACGGAGAUCCUCCCCCUGAACGAGGUAAAGACGCGCGAGCUUGGGACGUCCGACAAGGUGGACACUUUCUCCGCACGUGCGACGGUAAUGCACAUCAAGACGGACAAUAUCGCGUACCCCGCAUGCCAAACACAGGGCUGCAGCAAGAAGGUGCUCGAGAGCCACGACGGCUGGCGGUGCGAGAAAUGCAACAAGAGUUGGGACAAGCCGCACUACCGGUACAUCUUCCCGAUGGCGUGUGCGGACUACUCGGGCCAGGCAUGGCUGCAGGGCUUUAACGAGGUCGGAGAGGCCCUCUUCGACAUGCCUGCAAAUGAGAUCAUCGAGAUCAGGGACCGAGAUGACAUCGAGUUCACCAAGGUCGUCGAGCGAGCUGUAGGCACUGCGUACAACUUCGCUUGCAGGGCCAGGCAGGAAACGUUCAACGACGUGACCCGAGUCCGCUACACCAUCCAGAAGAUCAUGCCCCUCAACUAUCGCGAGGAGGGCAAGUACCUGGCUGACCUUCUGCGCCGCUCGGAUUGGGGGAAAUCAUGA